UUUUAACAUACGGCCAUUCAUAUAUAUUGUUAUAAUCAACCGGCACAAUGCGUCUUUUAAGAGGUUUGUUGAUAACCCAGGAUGCCUCUCUGCGGGCUUUAGGACCACGGAGACGAAUUUAUAAGCAACGAGGUUUGUGAGUCUUCACAUAGCAGCACUGGAGGAAAACCCCGUCGGAUCCGGUAUUAUAGGAUACUUGUGAAAUAUACAUAGAUUGCCUUCCUGUCUACGGCACAGCCUACCGAAGAUUGCUCAUGUGCAUUGGGAUGGUAACGCAGUGCACUUCUUUAAGAUUCGUGAUCAGCAAUCCUUGUCAUAGAGAGAGGACUUGUUUGGUGUUUAAUCGCCUCUCAUUUUAUCUCGACAUUUAUAUUUUUUAAAUGUAUGUCUGUUUUUUCCCUACUCCACGAUCAGGUCUAGAAGAAAGCCCAAGCACUUUUUUUCAGUCAUUACAGGAAACGCAGAAAAAUGCACGGCAAAUAUUGGAUUAAUUUCUCCAUUGGACAACUUGGCUAUUGCAUGAAUGGGAUAUGUUGCUGAAAUACAUCUUUUUCACCUAAACAUAACAGACGCGGAAACGUGUUCUUUACGCUGAUCCGGCAUUGUGAUGUUCAUAGAUUUUUUUUGCCAUUGACUGACGGAACUGGACCAUUUCGGAAGCUGGUUGUAGGACGCUAGGCUGGGCGAAAGAUGAAAGCGCCGAUCCCGCUCCUCUUCCUAAUCUAUGCUGCGGUUGCCAGGGGCUUGAAGGUGGUUUCCAAGAGGGGCUCAGUGGACGGCUGCACAGAUUGGUCGGUGGACUACCUGAAGUACAAGGUGCUUCACGGGGAGCCAGUGCGGAUUAAAUGCGCCCUGUUUUACGGAUACAUCCGAGCCAACUACACUCACGCGCAGAGUGCGGGACUCAGUCUCAUGUGGUACAAGAGCGCAGGCCAUGGCGACUUUGAGGAGCCCAUCUCCUUCGACGGACUCCGCAUGAGCAAGGAGGAAGACGCCAUAUGGUUCCGACCAGCAGAGCUGCAGGACAUCGGACUCUACUCCUGUGUCUUAAGGAAUUCCACGUACUGUAUGAAGGUGUCGAUGUCUUUGACCGUAGCGGAAAAUGACACAGACCUGUGCUACAAUUCCAAAAUGAGGUACUUUGAGAAGGCCGAAUUGAGUAAAAGCAAGGAGAUCACCUGCCCAGAUAUCGAGGACUACGUACAGGCCGGAAAGGAUCCCGUCAUUGUUUGGUACAAGGAGUGUCAACCCAAGCAGUGGAGGCAGAACAUUCUGCGUCAACGGGACAUCCUGGCCAUACGGGAAGUCCGCGAGGACGACAUGGGGAAUUACACCUGCGAGCUGCAGUUCGGAGCCUUCGUUGUCCGUCGCACCACCGAGCUCAAGGUCACUGCCCCUUUGACAGACAAGCCCCCGAAGAUUCUGUUUCCUUCAGAAAACAAGAUAAUCACCAUGGAGAUGCAGAUAGGAAGCCCCAUCAACCUGACCUGCCGGGCCUUCUUCGGUUACAGCGGCGGAGUCAGCCCCCUCGUCUACUGGAUGAAAGGAGAGAAGUUCAUCGAGGACCUGGACAACAGCCGGAUCCGGGAGAGCGACAUCAAAAUCAUCCGAGAGCACCUGGGGGAGCUGGAGGUGUCAAUCUCCUUGACCAUCGAUUCCGUGGAGGAGGCCGACCUGGGUAAUUAUUCCUGCUAUGUGGAGAAUGGCAACGGCAGAAGGCAGGCCAGCAUCCAGCUCAGCAAACGAGCAGAGCUUAUGUACACGGUGGAGCUGGCCGGGGGGCUGGGCGCCAUCUUCCUGCUUCUCGUCUGCUUGGUGACCCUCUACAAGUGCUACAGGAUCGAGCUCAUGCUUUUCUACAGAAAUCACUUUGGCAGCGACGAUGUGGACGGUGAAAACAAGGACUACGACGCAUAUCUAUCCUACACCAAAGUGGACCCUGAUCAGUGGAACCAGGAGACUCAGGAAGAGGAGCGCUUUGCACUAGAGAUUCUGCCCGACGUCCUGGAAAAGCAUUAUGGGUAUAAACUCUUCAUUCCAGACAGGGACUUGAUCCCAACAGGAAGUUUCACCAAUGAUCAUUUCCAGGAUGACACAGGACUCGUGAGAGCCUACAUCGAGGACGUGGCGCGCUACGUCGACCAGAGCAAGCGGCUCAUCAUCGUCAUGACGCCAACCUACGUGCUCCGGCGCGGCUGGAGCAUCUUCGAGCUGGAGACGCGCCUGAGGAACAUGCUGGCGACAGGCGAGGUCAAGGUGAUCCUCAUCGAGUGCGCCGAGCUGCGCGGCAUCAUGAACUAUCAGGAGGUGGAGGCCCUCAAACACACCAUCAAGAUGCUCUCCGUCAUCAAGUGGCGGGGUCCCCAGAGCAGCAAGCUCAGCUCCAAGUUCUGGAAACACUUGCGGUACGAGAUGCCCUUCAAACGUCCCCAGCCUGUCGCCUCUCACGAGCAGGUCCUGGAUGUCAGCGAGCCGGGCCCCUUCAGCGAGCUCCAGACAGUCUCCGCCAUCUCCAUGGCGGCCGCCACCUCUACCGCCAUGGCGACGGCGCACCCAGAGCUGCGCUCCACCUUCCACAACACCUACCACACUCAGAUGCGGCAGAAACAUUACUACCGUAGCUACGAAUACGACGUUCCCGCGGGCGGCACCCUGCCAGCGCUGUCUUCGCUGGGCAGCCAGCACACCUACUGCAACAUCCCCAUGACUCUACUGAACGGGCAGCGGCCACAGAACAAGUCGCCGCGCAAGCCCAGCCUGGAGGAGGCGCACACCAACAACGCCAUGCUCCCACUGUUGCCACGGGAGACCAGCAUAUCGAGUGUCAUCUGGUGACGUAGACUGAGGGAUAGCGGCCAGGGCAACUGACUCGGCCCAUUCACCAGGACCGUGGCCUGGGCGACAGUCUCGGUCAGACUGGCUCCACAGGGAUUAAAACGAAACAAAAUGAAAAAAAAUAAAGUGAACAAAAAAAAAAUAAAACAGCAAAAAUAAAUGGCGAUCGAAAAAAAAAAUGAGGAAUGAGAGAACACCCACAUGUUUUUUUCCACACACAUUCACCUACACAAAAUGAGGAAAACAGGGUCUUGUAUAUAUUUCCAGUUUCUUUGUAGCAUCUGUGUCUUCCUGUUCCUUUUGCGUUUCCGCUGCCUCCUGCUGUCCAUUAUGACUUCGUUUGUUCUCCUCACCCAAUCUUCCGAACAGAUCUUUGCCUUUUGUGUUUGAUUUCACCCCGAGAAACAGAAAGCAGGUUUGUGGAGUCAUGGACUGGACUGUAGUCUUUAUUUUUCCAUAUAUCUUGACUUAGUGUAGUUUAAAUGAUUUUUUUUUUUUGUUAACAUUUUUGGAGAAUACUUGGACAUGGCGAAGUUUUAUUUGAAGGAGCAACAUCCUUUUUUGUUGGCCUGUGUAAAGGGUGUGACACUCGUUUUCAGUGGGUAUUAAAAAACUAUAGAUUAUGCAAAAAGUUCAGACACUUGUCAGUAAUAUUUCCUCCUGGAAGAACAAGGAGAGGCGAUUAGUGAGUGGUGCUAGAUUUUCUCAAACUGAUGGUGUGUAUUUGAGCUGUAGCUCUCUAAAAAACUUAAUAUUUUCUAUUUUAAAAAAAAAAACAACAGCCUUGCUGUUUAGGUUGAUAGUGAAAUGUCUCACCUUAAAAUAUUCUGUAGAUUAUUUUAAAAAAGGAGUAUAUUUUUGUAACAAAAAGAAUUCGCUUGGUCAGUCAUACUUAACAUCUCAUUCCACGUGAGUGAGCAGGCCGCAGAGGUGUGUACAUCAGAGUUCUGUACUACAUGGUUCCUGGGUUGUGAAGCCAACAAAGUGGAUUUUGAAUCCUUCACUAAAUAUUUUCAUUAUUAUUUAUGAUAAAAGGAAAUAUUGCAUUUUUGUUGGUUUUGUCAAGUUCUUGAGAUUUUGGUCCUAAGGAUGACUUCUCCACAUGUUAAAUCAUGUUUAGGGGACAAAAAAAAAGUUAAUUUAUGUGUUGAAAGACAUUUUUAAUCACCUAUGAAGGUGUAAUUUCUGAGUAUGCAUAGCAACUAGAUAUGUAUUCUAUAUAUAAAUAUAUAUAUAAAACGCAAUUCACACUUGGAAAGAAAAUGGCUAUCUUUACAGAGACACAGUCAUGAUAAAUUACCCACCAUUUCUUACUCUACGUCCUUGAUGUCUCCUUAGUGCCUCCCUAUUCCAUCUACAACAUAUCUUGUCUGUAAAGUGUUUUAAUGCACUCUCUCGCCUCCUGCCUGUUUGGGGUGGUACUACAGCUACCUGAGUGCUUUGAAAAGUCCCUAUUUAGUCGUGUGGCUGUUCGCUACAUAACUCCCAGGUAAGAAGAGGUUGCAUUUACCUCAGUUUGUCCAAAAAAAGUAGAGUAACCCCUUGCACAUCUGACCGCCUCAGGACUGGUUAAAUGAAAAGUCUGGUUAUUGAAUCAUGUUCUGCUUGUAAGAUGGAGGAAGGUCACAAAUGCACAUACAUUGCCUUGAUCUCACUUUUCCAAAAUUUCUACCUUUCAAUUUCCAGAUUAAACUAACUUUUUAUGAUUUAUAUUACAUGUAAAUAAAACAUAACACCAUCAAUGCAGUUAGAAGAAAUCAAAGAUGAUGUUGCUAAUCAGACAUAUACCGCUAUGUUUUAAUUUUGACAGAUUUGUAGAAAGGUCCCUUUUACUGUAGAUGAAAGUCCCUUCAUAGCCCAAAAUCAUCCACUGUAACAUCAUAGUUUUUAAAUACAGUAUUUCUGGGGCAUGAAAUUACAUGCCAGUCCCCUAAUUUGUACUGAUAAAUGCAAUAACUGAAGAUAAACAGCUGGGGAAGAGACAGGCAGUGAUUUUUAAUGUGAGGGAUAACUGCUAUGUUUAAGUAACAGAGUUGCUUCAGUGCUUUUAGCAAGCCUGAACCUUAGUUCCAACACGACCUAUGGAUUUUUGAACUGUGCGAUUCUUUUUUUCCAAACAUCAGUUUUCAAAGAACAAAUGUAUCUGAUCUUACAACGCCACUGGGUCACAGGUGUUGUUCCACAAAACUUUGGUUCUUUCAAGCCUGAAGAUGUUCUGCUUUCCUUCUGUUGCAUCACGGGUAAGUAUUAAGGGCACAAACUGAAACAAGAGGUUGCAAACCCUCCCCAGAUUUAUUUCCUGUUUAUUUUGUAACAUAAACAGCAUUUUUAAUUAGGAUGGCUGGGUUUUAUGUAAGAGACUGGUUAAAUUAACUGAAUGUAAGAUACGGACAAGAAUUAUGCAACAUAAUCAAUCAACGGGAUAGGUAAGAGUAGGGGCCAUGCAAGUUUUCUCAGUCUAAAGACAAAUGAAUCUUCUCCUAAUGUCUAUCUUUAAUAAAUGUAAUGAUUCGAACAGUCAGUGCUGGUUUUUGUCGAUCGUCUGGAGGCUGGGUUAAGCUUCGGGAGCUGUGGAGAUUUCAUAAUCUACACCGAAAAUUCGCAGCAGAUCAGUCUACGGGCUUGAGGGAAAAGACCAACAAAACGUUUCUUUUCACUGUAUUUGUUUUCUAAGACAUUGUACGUGUAUAUAUAUAUAUAUAUAUAAAUGAAAGUGGAAAAUACUAUGAAGACAAUCUUGCCAUGUUCAUAAAACCAAUGUUUGCAUUUUCCAAGUGAGUGGCGAAUUGUUUUAUGAACAUUUGUAUUAAAUAACACAUAGCACAGACCUACAACAGGCACUUUCGCGGUUCUGAGACUAAAGGUUAAGAUUCUCUUUGUCUCUCGUUUUUAUGUUUGUUUUUUUUCUUUGAUUAUUUUUUUUCUUUUUUUACUCUGUACU